CGUCUCUCUCUCUUCUCUUUCUCUCAAACAUAUUUGCCAGCAACAUGCCUUAAGCGUGACAGCAAACUGGUUUAGCUAGGUGCUUGCAAAGAGAAAUAGCGAUGAAACCGUAAACUUUACACUUCAGAGUCCCUUCUCUCGGGCACAUACGGUUUGGAUAAUACCACGACGAGGCGAGGAUGUUAUUCGCAAAAAUGACGGGAUCAGCGUUUAACCAAAGACGAGCGUGACUGACGUGGAAAAAGUAACGCGACGUGACCAUGGCUCGCCGGUCACAGUGCUCCGAUGCAGGAGACAACCCCCUUGACCCAAAUUACCUGCCCCCACACUACAGAGAGGAGUACCGCUUGGCCAUAGACGCUUUGAUAGAGGAGGACAUAGAUGGCUACUACAAAUUCCUCCAGUUCGUCGAUGUUGUGGAUUUUCUUGCACCCUCUGAGAUCAACUACAUCCAAAACUGUGUUCAACUCCCCAAGCAGAGCGCCCAUCCUGAACAUAGGUACCUAGACACAACAGGAGAUGGGUCUUCGGACACAUAUUGGCCCAUGCAUUCGGAUUUGGAUGCGCCCGGACUGGAUCUGGGAUGGCCUCAGAUUCAUCACUUCAUUGGUCCGACGGAGGUGACGACGUUAGUGAACCCUGCAGCUCCAGACAUGCCCAGUAUAAAAGAGCAGGCUAGGAGGCUCAUCAAGAAUGCUCAAAUGGUGGUUGCCGUGGUGAUGGACAUGUUUACUGAUGUGGACAUUUUUGCGGACAUUCUGAACGCUGCCAUGAGGAACGUGGCCGUGUACCUGCUCCUGGACGAGGCCAAUGUGCAGUAUUUCAUCAAUAUGGUUAACAACUGUAGGGUCAACCUGCAGGCCAUACAGUUUUUGCGCGUGAGGACGGUGACGGGGAUCAGGUAUCAUUGUCGCACAGGGAAGUCCUUCAAGGGCCAAAUGUUGGACCGCUUUAUUCUCACAGACUGUAGAGCCGUGCUGAGUGGAAACUACAGUUUCAUGUGGUCCUAUGAGAAGCUCCACCGCUGCAUGGCCCACCUCUUUCUGGGACAACUGGUGUCAACAUUCGAUGAGGAAUUCAGGAUCCUGUUUGCUCAGUCUGAACCUCUGGACAUCAAACACUUGGAGGAUAUGUCUGUUUUACCAACGCGCCCCUAUCCUGGAGAGCGCCCCAUGUUAAGAGACCCAAGGAAAUACCGCAUAAUGGAUCCAGGACAACCGGAGGAAUGGAAUAGACCACCUUAUGAGGAAAAUAUGGACUGGAGAAUGGGACCGCUUAAAAGACAUGAGACUUUUCAAGGACCUAUGGAUAUCUACAAUCGCUAUCCGUCACCACAAUCCAGGCUAGACCCCCAAACUAGACUUGAGCCCCCAUUUGAUCAAGGCCCUCCAAGAAUAAUGGAAGGUCUAGCCCAUAAAAGACACGGUUUUGCAGAGGGUGGACCAGGCAGAUAUAACUUCCCAUAUCAACAACCGCAACCAGGAUUACCUGAAGUUGAGCCACCUGGUCGGCCAUUUUACAGAGGGCAACAACCCCUCCACCCAGGACCAGGACAUGACCCAGAUUAUAGUGGUUAUGGGCCAGUGGAUAAAUUUUGGAAUCAGGAUUUUCAACAAGAAGACCCCUAUCCUGAACCAGGAUAUCCUCGGGAAAUGGACCCACAUGAAAACUUUGAUCCCGUCUUAAACUAUUUAUCAUCAGCUAGAAAUGUUGAAAUGGAACAAAGCUCUGACAAGUUGAUUCCCGGUCCAGAUUUGCCUUACGCUACAACACACCCUCGUAGACAUAUCGGUCAGCCGUAUGCUUGUCAAACCUCACCUACUCCUUCUAGUACAACAGAGAAGAAGUUUAUGCAAGACCAUUCAAGUGAUCGCAAAGACCCCACAGUGAAAAGAGGGUUAAGAAAUUGGAGAAUUAGCUCGUAUCUUAGUGCUUAUGAUAGUUCAGGAGAGCCAGAAGGUUUACCAAUGGGACAGGGUCAAGUUGUAGAUCCAUUUGAUGAUAUGCCACACCCUAUGCAACAACCAACACCCCCACCACCACAAGCUAUUGAGUUAGCAGUCUCGAAAAUUCCUAAUGUCAGAGAAUUCAAGGUUCCAGCGUUACCAAGAGCUAGUCAAAUGCCGGCUUUUGGCAAAACAAAUCCAAAAGAUUUACCUAAAAAAUAUCCAGAUGAAAUUGUUCCCCCAGUGCUUCAAGAACUUAAAGCAUCCACACCAACUCCGUCUGAAUCUUCAUCAACGACAGAUGGGGAAAAGCUAGAAGAGUUUGAAAUAAGGGAGCCUAUUGCGUCUGUGCUAAGACGAGAUGAUUCUUUUCGUGGAAAAUACAGUCCAGCAGUGCAGAGGGGCUCGAGGUUGAGAUCGUCUCUUAUUUUUAGGUCAUUGGAUCAAAAUUCCUCUCAAGAUAAUAGUGAACAAGAUGACGAUAAGGAUAAGACAGAUCCAGACCAGACUAAAUUGGCUUUUAUUAGUCAGAGAAGAUCAGGGGCGAGAGAGCCUUUUGAGUGGAAGAAUUUUAUCAAAUCAUCUGAUAAUGCUAAGACAGAAGAAGACACUGGUAAACAAGCUGAGAAAGAUUCAGAAAGUAAAUUGGAAAAUGUCCCAGAAGGUCAGGAAUUAGCAAAGACAAAAGACAUAACUAAGUCCCCACAGGUAACCCCAAAAGUAGAUAAAACUGAGCAUCCACCUCUGCAACCACUACAACAACCUCCUUUAUCUCUGCUAAGUGAGCAAUUUUUAGAUAUGAACGACCCCGACCAGAGAUUUUUGUUUUUCAAAGAGCUAGCGGCGAAACGUAAAGCAGAAAAGGCAGCAGAGGAGGCCAAACUAAAACAAAAAAGUGCCACAAAAGAAAAGAAAGAACAACCAAAAGACGAGGAAAAAAGCAGAAGGAUGUAGCUCUCAAGCAGUGAAACCAGUAAAGAGGACAGCAAGAAAACUGAGGUAAAAACAUUGGAUUUGAGCAGUAAAAUUGAAAAAGUUGAUAGCGGAAUUAAAAAGCCAACGCAAAGCUGUGAUAAAACAGAAACUAAAAGUGCAACUGAGUCAGAAAAGAUUGAGUUAAAACAAAGCCAAGCAUGUCAACCUGCAUCUCCAGAAAAACUAACUCAAGAAAAGCAAGCUCCAAAAGAAAUAGAUCCCCCAAAAUCUGCUGAAAAACAAGACCAGACAAGCAUAACCAUUAAUGUUGAACAAGUUGCUGAGGAAAAGCAACCAUCUACUAAUACUACUGAUGCUACCUCAAAAGAUCCACAGUUGAAAAAUAGCAAUUCAGUUCCAGAUUUUACAAAAACAUUAGGGUUGAAUUUUCUCUCCUCUUUGCCAUCAGCAAGAAUCUAUGAACGAUCACAAUCACAGGAAGCCAACAAAGAAGCAACACCCAAGUCUAGGUUAUGGUCCCCAGUUAUACAGAGAAGAGAUUUUCUAAAGCCACUUGGAGAUAAACAAAAGAGUAUUUCAGCUGCUAUUGAAAUUGGGGAUAAACCUGAAACUAAACAAAGUGCCCAGACGAUUUUGGAAAACAAGGAGAAAAUGGUCGAAAAAACUAAAGUGGAUAGUCCAUCGCAUGAAAUUAAAGAGGACACUAAAGAUAUCACUUCAACAGCAAAAGAAAAACCUGAAUUGUUAAGUAGUGAAUCAGUAAAGGAGGAAUUAGUCAAAUCUACUGCUACUGAAGAAAGUACAGGGCCUACUCAGUCAAAGCCGGAGAAACAAGAGAAAUUAUUAACUAUUACGAAUCCAAAACAAGCAUUAAUGUUUAAAAAUGAGGAAUCUUUAAAACAACCAAUAGAAAGCAGAAAUGAGAAAUCUAGUGUGGAACAUGUUGACGACAGCGCUCAAAGGUCCGAUAAAUUGCAGACUAUAGUGCCAAAAAGUGAACCACUACCAAAAGAUGUAAUGGAAGAAAAAUCUAAUAUUGAAGCUCAAGAUAGUGUCAGUGUGAGAAGUCCAAAGGAGACUAUAGAAAAGCCAAGUGAAUUGCAAACAAAAGCUGAAAAAGGAUCUAGUGAGGAGAGUGUUGACAAAAAUGUACAAGUUGCGAGCUUAGCAAAGAUGGUGCUAAAGAUUCAAUUGCCACUCCUGAAAGAUAAAACAACGCAAGAAACCGCAGCUGCUUUACCUCUAGAUGAAUCCAAACAUAAAUAUCAUAUCUCGAAUACUGAGGAGGUCACCCCGGUUGAGUCCCAUUCAGACACAUCAAGUCCUGCGUCAUUCGCCACGGCUCCUGAGUUUAUAUCUUCAGAAGACUCGGACAUUCUUUCACCGGCUAAAAGUGACCCCCAAAAUUUGUUCAAAACUAGCAAUUUGGGGUCGAGUGUGUCCGAUAUGUCAGAUUUUGAAACGCCAAAUUCAGAGAUAAGCAUGUCACCGAUGCCAUUAGCAGUUGAUUUGGAUGAUACGUUUGAGGAUAAUGUGUCUUUAGCAGAAACUGUUAUAGAGAUUCCAAAGAGGAAAGCGGCAACAAUAGAGGAGGUGAAAAGAGAGAGUGAAAAUGCAAAUCAAAAGCAAGGAUCUGGGCAUCUGUCACCAAAAACAACCUUUGAUAGUUUGAACUCAGACGCUGCGCAAUUGGACGCUAAAAGUCAAGAUCAAGAUGCUACAAAUGAGUCAACAAAAAAUGAGACUGCAAAAUCUAAUGAAAAUGAAAAGAUGGUUGAUAGUGCCGAGUCAGAACAAGCAGAAAGUUCUACACAAAGUGAAGUAAAUAACGUGACAAGCAAAGCUGAAGAAGCAAAAAUGACCGACAAAGCUUCAGAAAUUGGCACAGACAGCAGUGCAAAAGAUGCAUCUGAUGUUCGAAGUAAGACUGGAGAAGUGAAAACGCAGGACCUAACUAGCCAGGCAGUUUUGAACAAGGACAUUGUAGUACCUUCUGCUUCCUCAGAAGAGAAGGAUGAGACAAAAAUGGAGUACAAAUCUGCAGAAAUUACAAUUAAAGAUACAUCUAACACUAUGGAGGAAAGCAAAGAAUCUAUAGAUGCUAAAUGUUUAGAUCCCAAAAUAUCUAUUAUAAAGAGUGAAGCUGAGACAAGUUCAACUAACCAGUCGACUAAUCCAGGAUCCAAUCUUACAAAAGACACAAUAAGAGAUAAAGUGUCUGAAAUUAAUAGUGACGUCAUUUACAGCCGUUUUGAAAUUGAACCAAGCAUUGCAUCAGAGGAGAGCAACGCAAAUACGGUCACAUCCAAAGUUGCGGAGAAGGUCAAAAUAGCAGAUACAACUUCUGAACUUAAAUCAGAUUCUACUAUUGAAAUUAGUUUGGAAAGUAAAACAGAGGGGGUUGGUCCAAACUUAGAAGCAUCUGAAUCAGAAGCAAAACAAGCAGUAAGUAAUGAAAAUAAUAACUUGGAGAUCCAAGAUAGUGCAGCAGAGGAGGCUAAAAUGAUUGACAAAAAUACUGAAAUUAUAACUAAAGAAGCGUCAGUGAAAGAGGAUAAUGUAACACCAAAUAACACAAGUGAAGUUAACGAGUCACCAGCAACCUCCCAAGUAACAAAAGAAACUUGUAAACCUGCUGAAAUAAUUAACAGUGAUAUUAACAGAGACGUUGGCAAUGAGACUGCUCCAAAAGAUGAGAAGACAGAAUCAAAAACAGAGAUUUUGAGUAGUACAAGUGAAACUAACCAGUCCACAACAAGUUCAGCUACCUCAGAAAUGACUACAAAUUCAAAUUCAGACAAUGUAACUACAAUUGUCAAUAAAGAAAUUUCUAAAUCUACCGGUGAGGAAAAUGAACAGAUGAGUAAAAAUGCCAAUGAUAGCACCAAGGAAAACACAAGUACAUCUGAUUCAGCUAAAGUGACUGAAACAACAUCCCCUACAGCUCAGCCAAAACAACAACAACCAAAAUCACGCUACCUUUCUUCCACUGCUAAUGUCAUCUCAAGCAGUAAUCUGAGAGACGAUACAAAAAUAUUAUUAGAGCAAAUAUCUGCGAAUAGCCAAACCCGAAAUGAGUCAAAUUCUGCCAAAGAAGCUCCAGUGACUGACGAUGAAAAGGAGGAUGAAGCUGAUAAAAGUGGAAAACGUAAAAAUGAUUUAAGGUCGUCUAUGGGGCAACAAAAGACAAGCCAGGAUCGAGAUAAACUACUAGAGAGGAUUCAAACAAUGAGGAAGGAUAGGAAAGUGUACAGUAGAUUUGAAGUAUGAUGAUAGUUAAAUGAAAUAGCAAGAAUAUCAAUGUUUUUGUAUGAUGGGACAAUGUAAGGUAAUUUAUGUGAAAGUAAUAUACAAAACGAUAUACAUUGUCCACUUGGGGCACUUUUUUAUACACAGAUUAAAAAAUUUUCCCAAUUUUAUAUUUGUUAAUAGAAUUUUAAAGGGACAAAACUGUUGUAUCUUGGAUCUGGGAUCUGUAUCAUUGCAAGAUUGAACCAAUGCCUUGUACUUUUUUUUUUUUUGCAAUGUUUGAGUUAUUUGUACCUUGACAAGGAGGACAAAACUCAAGCUGGUUGGUUGCAGUUGGAAAGGACUAGGACCAAAUGUUAAAGUGAAUAGUUUGUUUAUUGAAGAAAAAAGUGGCUUGUCCAUUUUUGUUCACUUUUUACUAUUGCUGAAAAACCAUAGACAUGAUCCCGAAGGAAAUUCCACCUUAAGUAAGAGUUAAUUUUUACACAAGAGUUUUUCUUUCUUAUAUAGCUCAAUAUUAUAUGCCUAAAAACUUGGAUAAACUCUUUUGCAUUAUUUUUAAAUAGUUGGGAAAAAUUGAAAAAUUCAAAAUGACAAAAAACGUUUCAUGUUAUAUAAAUAUGGCCUUAUUGAUUCUAAUGUUUUUGCAGAUAUUAUUAAAUAAUGAGUUAAGUCGAUUUGAUGACUUUGUGGGUUCAGUGCAAUGUGACUUGGACUGUUUUAUGUUGUACAUUGUUAGUCUAAAAACAUUUUUUUUUUUUAAGUAUUAUGUCAAAACUGUGAUUUCUAGUCCAUGUGUCGGCUAAUAUUUGCAGUUAAUUGCAUAUUGGAUAUUGGCAGGAACUGUAUCAUGGAUGUACAUAGUUAGGAUUUUUGUCAAGUAACAAACCAGGCACAAAAUGUUACGUUUUGUUCAACAGAAACUGUUGCUUUUCACUGAAUAGACUACUACAAUGCUGCCGGUGUCAUGGCCACAGCAUUUUAUUCCUUUGUGUUUCUGUUUUUUUUUUUAUUAUUUUAUUUUACUUACAAAUAAAAUUCUGUAUUUGGAGAGAACCCACA